CUGCCUCCUUCCUCGAUGCUCAGCAGCGAGUCUCUUCUGAUACUUUCUUUUGUUCCUUCUGUCCUUCCUUCUGUCCUUCCUUCUGUCCUUCCCCCUGUCCGCCUCAUUUCUUCCCUGUAUCCUAUGCGCUAUUCCUUGUGCUCUACUGUAUGUGUAUGUGUAUGUGUGUGGUCCUGUCUCAUCUGCGUUCUGUUGCAGCGGCGCCCUGCUUCAUCAGCGUCUGCCUCAUACUUGUCGUGCGGCAUCAGCGUCGCUCUCUUGCAGAGUUUCAGCGGCACGGUUGACGGAUUCUCUCAGCCAUGAAAUGUAUUCUUAUUGACAAAUGCGUAGAGUCAGCUUCGCUUCAGAUCAAACUCUAGUAUCGCGACUUGUAGUUAAACUGUUGCACGGACGGUUCAGAAGGCAGUGGACCAGAUCCCAAGGAUUAGUGUCUGUGUGUACUGAGUGUGCUGUACAAUCUUGAGACUAAAGGAGCCGGUUCUUACCUUCAUCUUGAUCAAGUACCGGA